AUGGACAGAUUAGGAGUAGUAUUAUUGUUAUCGUUGUUCGCUGCACAUGGACGGAGGCUUCGAAGACAAACCUUACCUUCACAACACAUUCAGUUUUAUAUGCGCACGAAUCGGACGCAAGAUGGUCACUCGAGCAUUGUCCAUGAUCUCGUAGGAAAUGUUAAUGUGUCACUGGAGGAUAGUGGUCUUCAUGUGCAGGGUGUCCGAGGACAAAGAGCUGGCAUUGAGGCGAUCACAUGGUUGAGUGAUCGGCAGAAAUCCAUGCACAUCGUAGCCUCUACUCUUCCAAAUGGGGUGCGAGAACUGAUCCUUCUUGCGACGUCACCUUUAUAUCAUAUUCGUGUAUGCUUUUUGGGUGCUACAGUAUACGUGGAAUUCGGUGACAAGAUAGUACAAAUAGAUGGCGACUACACCUCUAUUAAUAUUUUUACGGAUAAAUACUCUAUUGUUGCUCGAACGAAUAUGACUCCAUAUGAUGUUACUCUAACAAAAGAAGAGAUUCUGAUACGAUGUCCUAACGAGAGCACAAUGCUGAGAAUGCUUCCUUCAGGAGUCGACGUCAGUGUGGAACAACUGAAUAAACUUCAAAUCGAUCGUGGAGGAGGAGAGUUAUCACUCGGGAGCAGUGUAAUCACAGCGGAUGUUGUGAAGGUAACAGCGAUGGGCACUGAUUUGAAUCUUGACAACUCUGGUCGUGUAACCGCACAUACAAUGAACUCGCGUAUAUCAGUUCAAACUCCCGUACAAAAUGUGGGUAUGACAGCUGCUCACCAUGUUAUGCGUAUUGACGGUGGUGCACCUCGGCUUAUUGUCGAGUCAGGACGUUCUUGCAUAGAAGUGGUAAGAAGUCACGGGUUGCCACAAUUGAAGGAUCUCUUGUCACCUUUUGUCACACCACCUGAUAUUUUCGCCAAUGUAGGUCCGGGAGAAGUUCAUCUCACCACACUUCCUCAAGACUUUGUUGAACCUUCGUUCCCACGUCCUGGACCGUUGGGAGGACCGGUCAUAUUUUUCAAUGGAACUGACCGUUGUGCUCCCUGUCUCAACCAAACUUCUGUUCUACCUAGAACAAUACUGCCAACUAGCCUUAUUCCUACAUUCCCCACUAGAUCGCCUAUCGAAGCUGUUCCUUCAAGCACUGGGAUUAAAACGUUUCCCACACUCCUUACACACCCAAGUGAAGCGAGUACAUUCCCAAUGGCAUUGACAACACAGCCACAUGUAUCCAUUGUCACAGCUUCAACCCCCAGGAAAACUCUGCCACCUUCCUCAACUGAGCCAUUUCCCUCGCCAGCGGAAAUUACAACUGUCACCCAGGCAACGUUAUCAACUUCAAUAAUCAAAACUGAGGGACUUCCUGCAAAUAUCACUACUACUCCUACAAUCGGUCCCACAAGAACGUCUGAUCAGUUCGUGAUCGGACAAUUCGAGGAUUUUACAGGUGUGGCUACUGGCCGAUUGGUCGCCGUCACAUUGUCACCUUCAAGACCUACGAUAACCGCACAUACUUCAGGAAAAACAUCUCCUACACCUAUUUCUGUACCUGGCGCCACUGCUCCUCCCACUUCUACUCCAAUUGUAGGAAGUUCUCCCUCGCCGACCAGCUUACCUGUGAUUGGGCCCGGACAAGUCACUGCUCCAAUUAGCGGCGGGGGUGGAGGUGGUUCAUGGGAGACAGAAACACUCUUUCCGACCCCACCGACGACACUUCCAAGGAAACCGUCAGUAUUAGUGUUGAAGAUGAAGAUCCCUUCAUCGUUAGAUUUGCAAUCCUUUGACCUUACUAGCAAUCUGACCAGCGCUCUUAGUCAGGUUGUGAAGGAAUCAGUCAAACGCGUGAAGAGGUUUAAGAGAGCCACUGACGAGAAAAAUCAGGAAUAUCUUGUGCAGGUCCAUAAAAUAGAACGUGUUGGUAGCGCGGUUCAGGUGUUGUUUUCUGUAAAUGAAACUGAAGUUGAUUCAUAUAUGGUCGAAAAAGAUCUUUCUUCACUCGAUCGAAGUUAUUUGAUGCGCUAUGUUGGAUUUCCUGUAUUGUCAACAAUAACUCAAACCAAUUUGGACACUUAUAUCGAUCUUAUCGUGAUCGGCUGUGUAGCGCUUGUUUUAUCACUUGCGUCGUUCUGCUACACUUUCCGAACUACGUUAAAGCAAAAAAUAUGGGCUAUUGUUGCAAUCGUUUCUAGACGGUUUCCCAGAUGUCCAUUUACUGAAAAAGUGACCAAUAUCACUAUUAUAACUGAUGACACAUUGGGAGUGUAA